AUGCUUGGCGGUCUUGCCUUCAUCAGCAUCUUAAUCGCCUUGUCUCUACUAUAUGCAGCCGGGGGUUCUGGAACAAUCGGCAGUCGAUUGAGUUUGAAGGGAGCCGGGACAUCGAUCAGUGGGGUUGCUGAGGAACAAGGAAUAAACGGCGUUCCCGCAUUGACGAUCCCAGCAGAUGUCGAUCAUAGACUGGUGGUGUUUGGAGAUGCCUGGAGCGCCAUCGGUUCGCGAUUAGCUGCAAAGGGGCGAGCAUGGCCAGAGUGGGUUUGUUCCAUGUGGCCAUGCCGUUUGGAAAGUUAUGCGCAAAAGGAACAUGUCUGCGAAAGCUCUGUCUGCGGAGCCGUCAUCGAUGAAACCGAGCUUCAUACCAUUGCUUCCGAUGCCGCCCGUUCCUUAGAGCCACUCCCAGACCUACGUAGCCAGCUUGAUCAAUGGCUAGCUGCAGAGCUGAACGCGUCGCAAGCUGGUGGCGAUCUGAGAGUGCAAUCAAACAAUACCAUCUUCGCUUUCUCGUUCCUCAUCUGGGACAUUUGGAAGUUCAACGGAAUCUCGACCGGGAAGACGAGAAAAUCCAUAAUGCGCAGUCUCAAUACCCUGUUCCAGCAGUUAGAUCGCCUUGCAAAGUAUACCGAAUCCGACGAUUUGCGGAUUCUGCUGAUGAUGUCUAUUGAUCCUACUUUCUUGCCGGCGUUUGACCCUUCUCAGAAACAGAAGGAUAUGAUCAGUAUCGUCACCGACUGGAACGAAAAGCUAAAAGAAAAGGCCAAUGAUUGGAAGAGUGGGUCUGUGUAUGUUUUUAACACGAAUGAAUUCCUCAACGAUCAAAUCAGGUCGCGUCAGUUCUACCUGGCGGGGAUGCUGGAUGGACAGGGACUGGGAAACCAAAACCCGUGGGACGAUGUCGAAAACCCAUGCGUCCAGAGUAAGAGUACAUGGCUGCCGUUCUUGGGUAGCAAGGACCAGCGGUGUGCGAAUCCAGAAAGAUUCCUCUUUUGGGAUGGUUUGCAUCUCGGGCCGACAGCAAAUAAGAUGAUGGCCACAGAGAUUUUUCAUGAUAUUGAGAAACUGUGGGCCAAAGAUACGAAUUCGACAGCGUCCGCAUAG